AUCAUGGCGUGGAGAGGUUGUGCAGUUAGAUGGGUUAUAAAGGAUUUAAUAACACACAGCAGCCGCAGAAACAAGUUCACACCCUUCCACCAGCAAAGAUGCGGCUUUCGCAAAGUGUCGAAGAAGCCGGAGCUGAAGAAGGAGGUGGAACAGGUGGAACAGUUGUCACAGAAAAAGAGUGUAUCCCCAGCAAUAGAGCCGUCCGCUCCACGGCUGCCUGACAGAUCACUGGGCAGACUGGUCAAGCCACUGGUAUUCACCGUAGGGUUUACAGGCUGCUCAUUCGGCACGGCAGCCAUCUGGCAGUAUGAGAGUCUGAAGUCACGCGUUCAGAGCUAUUUCGACGAGGUGCAAGGCGACUGGCUGGACAAGAUGCGGCCGCAGAAACAAGGAGACCUUCGCAAACGGGUGAAUCAGUGGUGGAACGGUCUGACUGAAGGGCAGAGAAGUGUUACAGGCAUCAUCGCUGCUAAUGUGCUGGUGUUUUGUUGUUGGAGGAUUCCCUCACUGCAGCGUUCCAUGCUGAAGUACUUCACCUCUAAUCCAGCAUCCAGUGCACUCUGUUGGCCCAUGCUGCUCUCCACGUUCAGUCACUACUCCUUCUUCCACAUGGCGGCCAACAUGUACGUGUUGUGGAGUUUCUCCUCCAGUGCUGUGAGCAUACUGGGGAAGGAGCAGUUCGUCGCCGUCUACCUGUCAGCAGGUGUGAUCUCCACAUUUGCUAGUUACAUGUGUAAAACAUUAACUAGGAGGGCGGGGCCUUCACUGGGUGCGUCCGGAGCCAUCAUGACCGUGCUUGCUGCUGUCUGCGCCAAGAUGCCCGAAGCCAAACUGGCCAUCAUCUUCCUCCCCAUGUACACCUUCACCGCAGGAAAUGCUCUGAAGGCUAUCCUCGCCCUGGAUACAGCAGGCAUGAUUAUGGGGUGGCACUUCUUUGACCAUGCCGCUCAUUUAGGGGGGGCCCUGUUCGGCAUCUGGUACGUCUUCUACGGCCAUGAGCUGCUCUGGAAGAACAGGGAGCCUCUGGUGAAGAUCUGGCACAACUUCAGGACACGAGGACCCGGCUCAGGGGGCAACGGACCCCUAUAGAACACCGUUAGAAGAAAUGCAGGACUGCCACACGCACCCUUACACACACCUGACAGAACCAUGGGGUCACUUUAGGCAUUAUGGAAGUAUGUGUGUGUGUAUGUGUCCAGUGGCAGGCCAGCGUAAUAAACACCAAUGCAUUGGGCAUGAAUGUGUACUGUGUGUGUGUGUGUGUGUGUGUGUGUGUGUGUGUGUGUGUGUGUGUGUGAGAGAGAGAGAAAGAUGUGUAGCUCUGUCGUUACAUGUUUGUUUAUUUCUGUUUCAAAUGAAUAAAGUGUUUAUUACCCCUCGUGCACCGAAA